UCUGGUCUGAUCGAUACCGAUACUCCUUGCGAAGAACAGAGUCCGCGCGGUUGUGAAGUAGAAGAAGAUGAAGCUAACGUGGAACAAGAACCCAAAGAAACGAUCUCGUGUAGCUUUACCGAACAUCCUGGAUGUUCCUUCCGAGGAGGAAGCUCCAGAGACCAAAUCUCAGCGCCAAGAUGAUGAUUCAGAGGUCGGAGGGACUCACUCGGGAAAUGAUGAUGGGAGGAGAUUCGAUCUCGAAGCCAAUAAGUUCGUAGAUUCGUUUAGAUCACAAGGAGACAAGCUCGCUGAGGAAGGAAGAUACGAGGAGGCUUUAGGGAAAUGGGAAGCUGCUCUUAACAUUGUUCCUGAAAACGCUGUCGUUCAUGAACAAAAAGCACAAGUCUUUCUUGAGCUUGGUGAUCCAUGGAAAGCACUCAAGUCUGCUUCAAGAGCUACUGAGAUAGAUCCAUCAUGGGCUGAGGCGUGGACUACACUUGGAAGAGCACAACUCAAUUUUGGAGAGCCUGACAGUGCUAUCAGGAGUUUUGAAACCGCAUUAUCUAUCAAUGCGGAAUCAAGAGAGGCGAAAGAGGAUUUACAAGCUGCAAAACAGCUAAUAAAGAAGAGAGAACAGCUUCAGACAUCAGGACAGGACACUGAUGCCAAACGUUUUGUGGUCGGCGACAAGAAGACAGAGCCAAGCUAAAUUAAACACUGACUUGUACUUUAGGUAAAGAGUAGAACUUUGUAGCCGUACAGUGUAAUAAGAGAAACAAAUCGAAGAAUAUUGUUCUUUCAUCAAGGCAAAGACUUAUAUAGCCCA